CACAACUUAUGUUGCAAGUUCACAGGUUACUAAAGCAGACCUGGCAGUUUACAACAUUAUGCAUCAAGUUCAACAGUGUACCUCCGACAAUUUCAAUUUAACAUGUACCCACGAGUUAUUUUAAAAGGAGUCUUAUACAAGAAAUCUCAGCAAAAGCGAAGAACAUCCCCUUGUAAUUAUAAGGAGAGGUAUUUUGUGCUAAACACUGAGGAUCUGACCUACUCUGAACGUCGCCCUGGGAAAAAGCCUAUUCAGAAGGGCUGCAUUGAACUUUCCCGGAUUAAGUGUGUAGAAAUUGUACGCAGUGACCUUCCGAUUCCCUGUGAAUACAAAUAUCCUUUUCAGGUUGUCUAUGAUAACUACUACCUUUACGUGUUUGCGCCAGACAAUGACAACAGGCUAAAAUGGGUCAGAGCACUCAAAGAGGAGACAAAAGGCAACAACCUAGCUUUGAACUACCAUCCUGAUUUCUGGGUAGAGGGAAAAUGGAAGUGCUGUAACAGGACAGAUAAGUUGGCACCGGGCUGCAGUGACUAUUAUCCAAGUGGAUGCGCAUCUAAAAAACCGUUGCCUCCAACACCAGACCUUGAGCGGCGGUUCUCUAACACGGAGAUGCAAAUUGUUGUGGCUCUAAAAAACUUUAUCCCUCAAGAGGACACAGACAUCCCGCUGCACAAGGAUGAAGAAUACAUUGUAAUUGACCGCUCUGAACAAAAUUGGUGGACUGUUAGGGAUAAAAAUGGAAACGUCGGAACCGUGCCUUGCAUUUAUGUCAAAGAGAAACCGUCAAACAACAUUGAGCACUUUAAAUGGUACAAUAAAGAUAUAUCUCGGACCGAAGCUGAAGAAUGGUUAAUGGCAGUGAAUAAGGAGGGUGCAUUCAUGGUUCGCGACUCUCGGCAUGCAGGAGUUUACACAGUGUCUGUGUUUACCAAAGCCCCUGGGUCAAAUGGGGAAAAAAAUCCAAGGGUCAAGCAUUAUAAGAUCAGAGAGACAGAUGAUGAAGAGCCCAAGUAUUACCUGGCUGAAAAAUAUUUAUUUAGCACCAUCCCAGAGCUCAUUCAUUAUCACCAACACAAUGCUGCAGGAUUAAUAACACGGCUGAGGCACUGUGUUUCCCGUGGCCAAGGAAGUUCCCCCAAUAUUGAGGAAUUUGCAUCAGAAGAGUGGGAGUUGGACAUGGAGGAGUUGACUCUCGGGCCGGAGCUGGGCAGUGGUGAGUUUGGUCUGGUGUUCGAGGGCUUGUGGCGCGGUGAGAAGGUGGCUGUAAAGACAAUCCGUGAAGGAGCCAUGUCUGAUGAGGAUUUUAAAGAGGAGGCAAGGGUUAUGAUGACAGUAUCCCACCCAAAGCUCGUGAAGUUGUAUGGUGUGUGUACCCAGCAGUCCCCCAUGUACCUAGUGUUUGAGUUUCUGGAGAAUGGCUGCCUAACAGAUUUCUUGCGCUCUAGAAAAGGGUCUGUUUCACAGGAGAAUUUGCUGGGCAUGUGUGUUGAUAUCAGUGAAGCAAUGGCUUACUUGGAAAGCUCGAAUUUCAUUCACAGAGACCUGGCUGCAAGAAACUGUUUGGUUUCAAAAGACCUUGUGGUGAAACUCUCAGAUUUUGGAAUGACCAGGUUUGUACUGGAUGACCAAUACUCCAGUCACAACAGCAAAUUCCCUGUAAAGUGGUCGUCUCCAGAAGUGAUCAGAUACAGCAAGUUCAGCAGCAAGUCAGAUGUGUGGUCAUUUGGUGUGUUGAUGUGGGAGAUUUACAGCGAAGGCCGGCUGCCUUACGAGUGCAGAAGUAAUGCAGAAGUAGUGGAAUCUCUAAAUGCAGGGCUAAGAUUACUAAAACCCAGACUUUGUCCAGAGCCUGUUUACCAGCUAAUGCAUUGGUGUUGGAAAGAGAAACCUGAAGACCGGCCCUCCUUUGUUUUGCUCUUGCAUGAACUGGCUUCUCACUCAGACCUCUGAUUUAAAGCUAUCAAUGUUACUUUUGAAAAUAUAUUUACAGUUCAUUGUAUUUAUUUAUUUGUAUAUUCUAUUUAUUAAUUUUUUCUAUUAAUAUCUAUGGUUUUUCUGUACUGCCUAAAUAUGAUAAAUAACCAAAUUUGCUGAUCUUCUUUGUUCCAUUAGAGGCCACUAUUAAGUAGCCUAUUCCGACUCUAUUUCCAAAAUCAGUAGUGAUAGAGCCUCAGUAAUAUUCAUGAACUGUUUGUUUAAAUUUGUUUAUAAUCUGUUUAUAGCACCUAACAUACAGCAUUUGUUAACACCAAAUUGUAUGUAUUAAUAUGUAUCAACCUGUUUAUUGACUAAUCACUUUUGCACACAAUUACAUACAAUAUUUCAA